AUGACGACCUCGCCCAAGGUAGACGUCGGCCUCAAGAAGACCUUGGAGGGCGCGGUCGAGGCUUCCUACCACCUCCAGGCUGCCAUCCGCGCCGACGACCAGGAAGAGAUCAACCUCGCGGCUUCCCGCCUCAACGCGCUCGUCAAGGAGAUGGGUCUCAUGCAGUGGAUCGUGGACGCCAAGAAGCUCCGCGAUACGACGACGCUGCUCACGCGCCUCCCCGUCCUCGACAAGAUGCUCACGCAGACGAGCUUCGCGGUGUCGAGCAUGUCCCCCGCGCCGACGGACGACCAAGUCGUGGCCCGUGCAAGUGGUGGGUCGGCGCUUGUUGGCCAUUGCUUUGGGUUUGCAAGCUCCUCCACGGUCGCCGAAAUGACGAUCUUGCAGCCACCAACCAAGUGCCACUUGGAAGCGCCUACCCUCGACACGGAAAUCCAAGAUGCGUGGUUCAACGAUGUGACCGCCGUGGCAUCGUUCCGAGCCGCAAUGACCACGUCGGGCCGAACAGCGGUCGUCGACUCCAAGGCGUAUCACGGCGACACGCUUCCUCCGCGCUGCGCUUCCGUUGCACAUUUGACCUACGCGUUUGUGCCGAUGAAGUCGUUUUGCUUGAACGCGGCCGACAUGGUGCUCUCGGAGAAGGCGCUCGCCGACGCGGCCGCCGUGACGAGCGUCGAGGCGGCCACAGACUUUCUGAGCGACUAUGGGUCGCACGUGCACACCGGCGUCUUUCACGUCGGCGGUAUCUUGUGGAAGACGGUGCACGUCAAGGCGGCGUCAAAAGCGGCUGUCCAUAUCGUGAAGGCCGCCUGCCCGAAUCCGGCGACUCGCGACCUCUCUAUCAGCUACAGCGAGUUUACGUUCCUGCGUGGCCUCGACACGGUCGAAAGCGCCCUCUUUGAUGCGGACAAGACGCCGUGCGAAAUCACGACGCGCAUCGAGUGCACUGGCCCCGACGCGGCCAGCUACGCGAUUUUCCAGCAACUGCUGGUCGCCGAUCGCUCGACAUGGCACGUUAUUGACCGGCCGACGAAGCGUGUCGGUGUCUGGCACCUCCUUGCACAACAUGCUGGUCUGGCGCAUGCCGCGACGCUUGUUUGUCAGGCGUGGCUGGAACUGGUCGAGUCGACGCGUGAAACGAGCGCGGACGUGGUCGCCGCCGUACGGGAUGUGUACGUCGACGUGUGGCUGCACAACGCUGCGUUUGGCACGGACGCCAAGCACAUGCCAAUCACCAGCGCGGACGAUGCCGUCCGAACGAUGAACUCGCAGCUCGACGUUUUGGCCCAUGACAACGUCGACGCCAGUGCAUUGGUCGACGUCAUUUUGCUCGCGCUUCGCUUCGACUCGGCCUUUGGCUUGACGUUGACGCCCGACUGCCUCCGUGACCAGCGAAUGCACGACGCUUUGCGCCGGCUCGUCGCGCGCAACGACAUUAUGGCGAUGGUCGAGCUGGGUGCCAUGUACCACCACGUUCUUGACGCGCUGCUCGUGCAGACGUCGAUUGUGCUCGAUGUGACGGUGCUUGGGGCGCUGGAACGCGCCGCACAGCUGGCGCAACUCGAAAACAUGGCUGGCAAGUUGACAACGUCCGUCUUUGAGUGGAACGUGCCGCACCUGGACGUGCGCGACGUCCCUGUCGCCAUGAGGAUCGUCCUCCGUGCCUUUCGUGCCUCAUCGAUGCCCGACUUGCCACUGCUCACCAAUCGCAUUGGGGAGCUCCUCCUUGCCAACCUCGGUGCGGCGUCAACCCCUGCGCUUGCGACGCUUUGGGACGUCGCCAAGGGGUACGGCUAUCUGAAGGAUGGCUUUGAGAGCAAUCUCAACCAAGAACAUGUGCAUAUGAUGGCUGAAGCGAUGCUGCACGCGCUUGAGAACGGGGCAAUGGCUACUGCCGACAGCUCGGACGAUGACGCGGUCAUGCACCAGCACCUUGCACCUAGCGUUGAUCAACAUGCCCAUGUUGCCGGCAGUCAUGGGCACAACACGAGUCAACGCCCCAUGAGCCACCUCUUGACGGUCGUCGCAAAGCCCGACAAGACGACGGACCUCCCUGGGCUCAUUUGGUACACGCUCAAGCACCGUCUAAGCCUCGCCAAGGAGCUGUACAGCUCUGCCACGGGCGCCAAGGGCAAGCGCAUCGCGCGUCGCGGGUCCGCGCGGGAAGAGGCACCCCAAGGCCCCGCCGUGUUGGACGCACUCUUGACGCUUGUCGACUCGCUGACGCCGACGGCGCGCGCCGAGGUGUACCGUCUUCUUCUUGACCGGCGCUGCCUCGUGCCGUUUCUUGUGCCGUCGAGCGACUUUGGUUUUCGGUCGGAAGCGAGCGCAUUGAGCCUGGUCGAGACGCUCGUCGUGCAAGGCAAGGCGUCGCUCAUACGCGAGACGUCCGUAAAGCGCGUGGCGGUCGUCUCGGAGCGGCCAACAAAGAGCAGCGCGACCAAAGACUGGAUCAAGAACGUCUUCCACGUCGACUCGGUGCACUGCCUCGACCGCACGAACGGCAACAACGUCACGAACCUCCCGGUCGUCGCCGAGCUCGGCUGGGGCUUUAUCGAGGAGAACACCGUGCACACGACGGUCAUGGUGCUCCACGUCAUUGGUGACUACAUGCUCCUGGAGCCGUUCAUUGCGCAGUUUGCCGACGUGUUGGUGAUCGACACGGGGUCCGCGCCGGUGCGGAUGACGCUGACUCACGGCACGGUGUUGCACUGGCGCAUCGCAGACGACGACGAGGACGACGAAGUUCUUGGCGACGAUGGCAAGGUCCUCACGGUGGCGCUGGCGAGUCCCAUGACCUCGUCGUACGAGCGCAUCACAGCGUACAUCCUCGAUGACGACGAGGCCGACACGCCGCCGACGCGGUUGCCAGUUGACAAGCUGGCGUUGCCCGACUAUGUGCUGAGCGAGCCGGUUGGGCUUGGCAAUUUGGAGAGCGUUCUGGCGGAAACGGACUUUGCGACGCUCCGCACGGACGUUCUGCAGCUCCAGCAGCGCUUUGCGGUCGAGUCAGCGCUGCGCAUCAAUCUCCAGCGUGAGACGAGCGGGCCCAACCAACAAGUGCUGCGGCAGAAGAUUGCGUCGAGCGAAGGCGAUCACAAGAAGCUCGUUCGCAACGUUUUCCGAACACCCUUGCUCGUCUACUUUCAGAAGAUCCUUGAAACAUCGUCGGCGACCAUGCGCGAGAUGCUUGUCAUUGACCUCGAACGUCGGCUCGCUGAGUGCACCAACGCCGUGGCCGCGACGGCCCAGGCAGAUCUUCGCAACAGUGCCAAGCAGAUUGCGGCGGUGCGGCAGACCGAGACGGCCACUUUCUUGAGCGACUUUCGCGCCGACAUUGCCGACGAGGCGGGGAGCGACGUCCGGUUCCUCGGCAUGACGCAAGGCCAAACCACGCCGCCAAACGACGUGCCGCUGCCCGACUUUGGCGAGCGCCUCGUCCGGUUCCGGGACCACAUGCACACCCGCGCCACUGAAAGCCAGUGGCAGGCGCGCACGAUUUCCCAGCUCAGCGAGAGCUUGGACCUUGUCUGGACGUGCCUCCAAAGCGCCAACUUUGAGCUCGACUUUGCGUCGGCGCACGAGCGCGUCGUGUACGAUCAGCUCGUCCAAAUGAUGACGGAGCACACGCAAGAGCUCGCCAAGAUCUACAGCGACGCCUUUGAUACGGUGCUGCAGACGAUGAGUGCCGACAGCGCGGCCGAGAAGACGCCGUCGUCGAGCUCGAAUGGCCGCAAGUACCAGCUUCUUCUAGAGCACCACGUACAAUCGCAUUUGGUGACGCUGGACGCGGUCGUCGCGACGUCGCUCGAGCAAGAUGCGUUUGCCAAGUGGGCGACAACGAUGCAAGACACGUGGACGGACAAGAAGCAGCGCCAAGCGGCGCACUCGGCGCGCCUCGUCCAGUCCAAGGUCCAGCACCUCUUUGAGUACGACGCCAUCACCAAGGUCUUCAAAGAAGAGAUCCAAACGACAAUUGUGCAUCACAACGCGCGGUUUGGGCCUGAAAAGACGAUGCAGGCGUUUGACAACAUCUUCAACGACGUCUUGGCGCGCGCGUCCAAAAAAAUGCCCUCGCUUUCGACUCAAGUCCCCAAGCUCGUGCGCGCAGUCAUCUACGACAACCAUGUCUUCACGCCGGACGAGCUCGCGCACCUUGGCCAUGACAGCAACGAGAAGCAUGGCUGGUUGAUUUCGAAGCUCAAACGGGUGUGGUUCUCAAGUUCAGACAACCGAUCCGAGCCGUCGCGUCAAGACAAGGUGAUCGACAUGGUGUGCGAUCGCGUGCGCAGUUUGCUUGCCGAGGUUGACCGCUACACGGACGAAGCUGCGCUUUCGUGUGUGUUGAAUGUCAAGCGUCUGCUUUUGGCGCAGCAAUUGAGCCCGUCGGAGCUCCAGGUCGGUCUUCGAGCGCUUGUCACGACGCUCAAGGGUGAGCUUCAGAAGCGCCAGGAACGUUGGGACAAGGCCAACAGCGUCAUCGCCAAGUUUGAGGCGUACCGGCCGAGCUUGCACCGGUUUGCGUGCAGUGUCUGCGAGGGCCAAAAGGCUGCGCAGCUGCUCUCGACGACGUUGAACGAGUGGCUGGGCCUUAACUUAACCAAGGCGUUUGAAGAAGAGGUCGUGAGCGUUGUGGCCUCGUCGCUCAAGCAUGCUCGCUGGGUGCGCGCCGCUGAUGCGAUGCAAGCUGCCUUGGACCAAGAUCUUCUUCGGCACAUGCGCGAGAAGGAUGUCCGUACGGUGCUGGACCUCAUCGAUCGCCCCGAAGAGCACGCAGAGGACGUCAUGAGUCGUCUCGUCUUGGUCAAGGUCCAGGAAUGCUACCUCGGCGUGGCGAAGAAGCUCGUGCGUGAUGUCGAAGAGAGCAUUGUGAGCGCAAGUACCGUCGCUGCCAGCGCCGCGAGCAAGCGCAGCGAGUGCUUUGUCCACGAACUGCGUCUGAAGCUCCAGUGUCGCCUCAAGUGCAGUGGCACGAGUGCGCUCAUUGGGAGCCUACCAACCGUCGCAGGCGACGUCAUGAACUGCGACGAUCAAGGGCCAUCGGUCUUUGCUCUUCCGGCCAACCAAGACGGACUCCACGUCACGCAGGCUCUUUUGACGCACCUUGCCGCUCUCAAGGCACAACUUGGGCCUUCGACGCAAUGGAGCUCGACGAUGGCCGACGAGGUUGUGGACGUCAUCCAGAACGAAGCGUACGGGGCCGUGGACGGAAUCAUGCCACGCUGUGGGGCGCCGUGCCCACGUUGCCGUUGCCCGUGCACCAAGACGCUGGGCCAUGCGUCCACGAAAAACGACGCUCUCCACGACACAUACCACCAGCCUGUCGGUCUCGUCGGUGUGUAUAACACAGGCUCGCACGACCUCGCGCACCGAAGCUGUGCGACGUGUGUCGUCGAUGAUGUCGGCAUAGUUUUCGCGAGCGGCGUCCGCCCAUACAAGGAGUUUGAGGCGAUCUAUCCUGGGUGGGCCUUGCCGCGCGUGACCAAGUUUCUUCCGCUGCGUGAGUACAUCUUCAAACAAUGCCAGCCCGAGCUCUCGCAAAUGUUCAACAAGCUCAAGUGCACCACGAUUCCUGCCUCGUAUGACCACAACCUCGACGACAUUGAGAAGCAACUCGCGCGCCUUCUUUGCUAG